AUGGCAGUUGCCAUACAAGAGACGGGGAAGAUUUUGGGCUCGUAUAUUGCUGGGAUCUACCUCAGCUUGGUUAUAUUCAGACUGUUCUUGAACCCUCUGAACAAAUUUCCAGGCCGUCCUCUUUCAAGGCUCAGUGCACUUGAUCACAGCUUCCGCGUUGGCAAAGACAAAGACAUGUUCCUAAAACUCUAUCAAUCUCACAAACAAUUGGGCAAAUUUGUACGGACGGGUCCGAAUGACCUAUCUGUCACGCAUCCAGAUGUCGUCCGUGUGGCAUUAUCGUCUCAGGCAGUUUGUGAGAAGGCGCCGUGGUACGAAGGGGAAGCGCCUGCAUGGUCACUGCAAUCCACGCGGGUACGGUCGCAGCAUGACAGGCGUCGGCGAAUCUGGAGCCCCGCAUUCAGCGACAAGGCUCUGCGAGGGUAUGAAAAGAGAGUCCACAGAUACAACGAAUGCCUCAUUCUGCACAUUGACUCGUUCUCCGGACAGCCGGUUGAUAUGUCCCAGUGGUUCAACUACUGGAGCUUCGAUGUCAUGGGAGAUCUGGCAUUUGGAAGGUCGUUUAACAUGAUGGAAUCCGCAGGAGAACAUUGGGCUAUCAAACUUUUGAACAGCUCCCAAGACGGCAUGGGACUUGCCUUGCCGCCUUGGAUCGGUCGCCUCUGCUGGCACAUUGCUCCACUGAGGUCAACAUGUGAUCGAUUUCUCAAAUUCUGUGCUUCUGAGAUAGAAAACCGCAUCCUCUUACAGGGGAAGCAAGAAAACCCAGACAUCACACAUUAUCUCAUUGAAGAUUUGAAUGCCAAAGAUGCUGAAGGACAAAGGGAUGCCCUGCCACUGCUCUAUCUCGACAGCAAGCUGAUCAUUGUUGCUGGAAGUGACACAACGGCCGCGACAUUGACAUUCUUAUUCUAUCACCUUGCUAUCGAACCGAGUAUAAUGACUCGGCUUAGGGACGAGCUGGAGACAAUUUCUGGCGACGCUGGCAACAUCGAACAUCAGUAUCUUCAGUGUGCACCACUUCUUAACGCUUGCAUCAACGAGACCCUCAGACUACAUCCUCCUGUCCCGAGUGGGCUCUAUCGAAAAACUCCUCCUGAUGGAGUCUACAUUGGUGAUGAAUGGAUUCCUGGAAAUACGACGAUUCAAAUACAUCUGUAUUCUAUGGCUCGUGACGAGUCCAAUUUUGCAAUGGCUGAACAGUUCAUUCCAGAACGGUUUUACUCCCGGCCUGAGCUCGUCAAGAACAAAGAUGCAUUUGCCCCAUUUUCGAUUGGUCCCUACGGCUGCAUAGGCAAGAAUCUAGCAUACAUGGAGAUACGGUUGUUAACUGCUCAGCUGAUCACAAAAUUCGAUGUAGCCCUAGCACCGGACGAGGACGGUACAGCUCUUUUGAACUCCGUGGAUCAUUUCACGAUUGGCUUGAAGCCGAUCAAAAUGAUAUUGAGUCGAAGAAAAUCGGUCGCGCGAGAGAGAUGA